AUGCACUGCUUUGUGAUUGCUCUUAUGGUUUUGAUAGUUUCUAUCGAGGGUGCGACUUACAAGAAAAGAGAGAGUCUUGAUGCACACAAAACGAACCGCAUAGUGAGAGGCACAAAGGGUAGCACAGAAUCUGAUGUCCUUGACCUGAUGUUCCAGUUCGGGGACAGCAAUAAGGACAACAGGCUGGACGAGAGAGAGGUCCGGAAGUUGUUUUGUGGGAAAGAGUUCGCUGCCUCUAUCAACGACAUCAUCAUUGCCAUAAUGUCACGUGACUCUAACAAAAGCAAUGGCAUAGACCUGCAAGAAUGGCGAUCCAUCCAGUUCUCCAAGACUGAAUUAGAGACGUUUCAAGCUUCUCCUUACAUCACCAUCCUUGCCUAAGUCUUCUGAUUUAUAUCGCAAUAGUCUGAGUAGAAGUGUGUUAUUUGUUCAAAGAUUUUAACAGUUUAACAACACACUAUUGAAGACUUGAUUACGUGAUAUGUCAGGUUUUUCUUCUUUGUCAACAUAUGACUGAAAAACAUGAUUUAAUAACUCUACUAAAU